AUGAGUUAAGAAGUUUAGAAAGAGGAGGAAAAAGAGAAUCAAACUACUGCUGCUUAUAAAGUCUAUGAAAAUGUCAUUAUUUUUAAGAAUCUUUAAAUCAAUAUGGAUGAAACUCUGGAGAAAUAUCAAGAGGAGUAGAUCGGACCUCAUAUUUUCAAGUAUAAUGUCAUUUCAUAACCGGAUAAUGAAUAAAUAGAGGAUGAUUCAAAAUUGAAAAUAUUUUGUGAAGAAAGGGAUUUUAAUGGAUUUUUAUAGAAUAAAGAUAGAUAAGUUUAGCUCAAUAGAUUCUCCAUGAAAUCUCCAAAACCAGAGUUAAGUGUAAUUAAGAAACUUCUUUUAUCAAUGCGUGUUGGAGAGGAAUCAUGGUUCAAGAUUAGCAAUUUUCAAAUUCAGAAUGAAGUCUCAAAUGAGAACGAUAAAUAGACAACUGUUAUUAGAUAUUUUAAAAUAAAAGUAGUAGAAUAAUAAUUAAUUGAAAAACCUUUAGAUUUAACAACCCUAGAAAAGUAAACUAGUUUAAAUUUAUUAAAUAGUCGUUUUCUUUAAUUUGAAAAAUUCAGGAAAGAUGGAAAUAAGCUAUUUAAUAACAGUUAAUUUGAAAAUGCCAUUAAAAAGUACCAAAAGGGAAUUAACUUUAUGGAAGCAUGGCCGAAAAUACAUGAAUAGGAUCCAUAGGUCCAGUAAAAGAAAAAAUAUUAUUACCAAUUAUUCUGUAGCAAUAUGGCUCAAUCGUAUAUUCUAUUGAAGGAAUAUGAAAAGGCCAUUAUGAUUUUGGAGGAUAUUAUUCCUUAAUGCAGAGGAAAUGUAAUUACAUUAAUUUGAGUAUUUAGGAGUUCGAAAUUAAAAGUUAUUAUAGAAUAAUUGUAUGUUACAUGAAAACAAGGGAUUUUGACAAGGCAGAGCGAUACUUACGAGAAGUUAAACAUGUGUGUCAAUUGGAUAUGGAUUAAUCGCAACUUUUUAAUUGGUUGGAAAAUGAAUGUAAACCAUUGAAAAAAGUGAAAAUUUGA